GGCGAGAAUGUUCGGAGUGCUGCCCUCACUACCACUACCACUACACUACGGUCCAACAAACGAGCGCAGCGGCUAUCUAAUCUGCUUGCCUGCCCGACUCACUGCUGUGCUGACUGCAUUCCAAGUCCGCCGCCCGCCCCGCCCUAUAAGUACUCUUUCGCGUCAGCGUGCUCUUUCCACUUCCCACAGAUAGAUAGCUAUAUGGGCGUUCAAGGACCGGAGCCCAUGGAAAUUCAAGCUUAGUAAAUGCCCUGAUAAACAACCCCAGGAAUAUUCCGGCACCGGAAAUGGGAGCCUGUGCGAGCAAGUUUCAAGUGUUGAAGGCGGCCGCUGCGCCUCCGGAGGACGUAGCGUCCAGAGAUUUGAGCGCAGCCGAAGAAAUAGUUGGACAGGAUGUCCCAACUACGCUUGGGCUUGUGCCGGAAAAUGAUCAACCCAAGCGUCAAAUGCUUGGCCAUCUGUUCAAACAGAAUGAAGGAGAUGCCGGCGCAGCAAAGAACAAUAUUAAACAAUCCUUGGAAGUAGAUCUAGAAGAUAGAGCCAAGGUGGAGCAGCCUCAAGAAAAUGAAAAUACUCGCUCUGUUACAGAUACUGCCGCAAAAGAUAUUGAUUCGGGGCUAGAAAACAAAGGUUUGGAGGAGGAAAAGAAAGCACUGGAAGUCGAAUCAGUGAGCCAAUAUGUGGAAACUGAAGCAUCGCCUCUGAAGGCACCAGAGGAGAACCCUGUUGACACUGCUGCAGAGACUGAUGAAUCUUUGGAGGAAGUAGAGAACCAGGGGCCAGAGAAACCUGAUGAAAUAAGAAAUAAAGCUGUUGAAAAAUCUGGUUUGAAUAGGGAGCAACUGGAGUCGCAUCGUGUGGAGGACUCAACCUUGAUAGAGAAGGGGAUAGAGGAGAAACCUGAAGCCGAGUUGACACUAGUGGUUGAACUUGAAACCCCAGAAGCAGAGAAACUCAAUAAGGAGAAGCAACAAGCUGAGGCAACAAAGUCUAAUGUGCCAGGGAUGGGAAAAUCCGAUGGGCAGAAACCAUCUGCGGAAGAGGACAGAGUGAGAAAACAAGGUGAUCAAGCUGAGGCACAAGUACCAGAGGGAGAGAGAGUAGCAGAGGAUGGGCACAAUCUUGAUUCAGAAGCCAAAGAAGAGAAGCCUGAAGAGAAAACACCUGAACCUAUGGAGCAAGAGAUGGCAGCGGAGAAACCUCAAACCAAGGUGGUGGCAAAGCCAGCAACAGAGAAGAAAAUGGAAGAUGGGAAACUGGCAGCUACAGCAGAGAAAGGAGCAGAUAGUCAACAACAACAACCAGAACAGGCCAGCACUCAGGGGGAGAGCAGCAGCUCAUGAUGUUGGAAGGAAGAGAAGAUGGGUGAGAAAGGGAAGCCUUGUCUGCCCGCCCUGUGAGGGAUGUGUGUGUCACAGAUCAUUUGGAUAUGAUAUGAAUAAGCAGGCAUCGUAGUUAUUAUUGUCAGUGGUUUGAAUGAAGUUAACUUGUGAUCAGUGAAGGCAGAUUCAUUUAUUUUGUGACAUUUUCAACGUGUUGUUUUUGUCGGUCAAUUGUUUGGUCACAGUGUGUAUAAAGCUGGAUGCAUCGAUUGGAUUUCGGAGUUGCUCUUAGCUGCCGUUCGCUUAUCUAA